AUGAGCCUCCCAAGGCAAAAAAAAGGCGGACGGCCGUCCGCCGCACCUGCAUGGGCUACAGCGGCAACUUCACGAACAGCCUUAUACAGUGCAGACCGUGGUUUCUAUGCCUCCGGUACCAGCAAACUCCAGGAGGAGUUGACGAGCAUCAGCUCGAAGCGUCGCAAACUCAAUGACGACGAAUCCUCCGACGUGCAGGAGACACCGGGCGGUACAUGGCACCCAGGGGCAUCGAGAGCACCGUGGUAUGGGGAGGAUGGUUGUGACGAUGAAAUGGCUUGGCUCCCAGACGCGUCGGUGCGUCGAGAAUCUGGAGAAGAGUCAGAGGAAGAGUUCGAGGACGAUGAAAGCGAAGGGGUCCACCGAAAGGUGUAUCGCAGCAGUAAAGAUCCCAUGUCGCUAUGGCGGUCACGGAUACAGCUAUAUGUCAAUGAGCUGCUGCGCUUUCGAGGCUUGGCGGACGAUAUUGACGAUCCGUGCUGCGCGCGAUGUGGCGUGGACCUCAAAUUGAGUACAGAGUACUUCAAAUGUGAGGACUGUGGCCCGUUCUUGCAGUGCUCAGGGUGUCUGUUGGAGGCGCAUCAGACAACGCCGCUGCAUGUCAUUAAGCAAUGGACGGGAUCAUGGUGGAAGAAGAGUUCACUGGCGGAUAUCGGUCUUGUGUACCAGAUGGGACACGGCGGGUGGGAAUGUUCAUAUCCUACAAGCACGGUGAGAGAGAUGACAGUGCUCCAUGCACCAUACAUUCACCGAGUGCGUUUCAGAUAUUGCAAGUGCAACCGAUCGGACUAUGCGAGCAAUAUCCAGCAGCUACUGCGAAACGGGUGGUAUCCAGCGACCGGCAUUGACCCGGAGACAUGCGCGACAUUCCAGACCCUAGAGUCGUUUCGCCUGUAUUCCGUGGCGGGGAAUCUGAAUGCGCGCGACUUUGUGACAUCAUUGGAGGAGAUGAGCGAUGUGACGGCUCGGACAGGGAUGCGAAAGCUGCCGGAACGAUACAAGCAACUGCAGCGCAUGUCGCGCCAGUGGGCAUUCCUGCUGCGUUUGGUCCGUGCUGGGAGGGGACACGAUCCGGAUGGCGCCCUGCCAGCCAAGAGAGGCGAACUGGCAGUGAUUUGCUGGGCUUGCCCCUACGAGAAUCGGAACUUGCCUUCAAAUUGGAGAGACAUCAAUCCAGCAUACCGCUUUAUAUAUAUGCUGCUCCUUGCGCUGGAUGCAAAUUUCCGUCUAAAGAACCGCUUAAGAGCGAACGAGAUCGACGACCCGCCGUUAGGCCCUGGGCUCGGGUACUGGGUGGAGCCAGAGCCAUACAGGGACCACGUCAAGAACUACACAAGCACAUGUAUUGCAUUUGCUGCUCUUCUACAGAAGGAUACGCGUUUGACGACCGGCUUGAGGGUCUUGGGAGUUGGGGGCUGCGUUUGCGCGAGACAUGAAAUCUUGCGGCCCAAUGGAUUGGGAGACCUGCAAAAGGGCGAGCGAUACGCAAACAUGGACUACAUUGUCUUUUCCGCCCUGAUUGGGUUUACACUAUGGUGGCUGACGCUCUCCUACGACAUCGGGUGCCAGUGGAAUGUCAAGCUACGCGAUCGCAUGGCCAAAUUGCCCUCCCAUCUGCACCUCGACCUGGAGCAGGUGAAGGUCCAAUGUGGUCUGCCGGUGUGGCACGCGGGUUCCCACAACCAGGAGUGCCAGAACACCCACAGCUUGAGCUUCAAGCCGGGUGUCGGGAAGACGGAUGGCGAGGGGAUUGAACGGAUGUGGUCAGUGCUUAACCCGAUUGGCUACGCUACGAAGACUGCAGGUGUCGGCGUUUGGGCUGACCUCAUCGAGGAGCAUGUCGAUCAUCACAACUUCCGCAAGAAUCUGUCGCUUGGUAGCGUUCUCUCUGCGCGGCUCAAGCUCGCCGAAGCCGAACGGGAUAUCCAGGUCGAGGCCUUCAGGGCAGCAAGCGAGGGAGUGGAGGACGAGGUCAUGGGGGAGUGGCUCAAGAUGAUCAACAUCUUCCUCCAGAGACCCGAGACAUCGCCGAGCCCGUACAUGCUCGAGAUGUCAGCUUGUGUGUCGGAGGCGCAAGUCCGCUUGGAGGUUCGCAAGGAGGAGGAGAGACUCACUCAGGAGGGAAGAAUGCCACUGCAAGGACAGAGCGCAACAGCGUUUCUAGUGGCCGGGAUUCUAAUCGAAGAUAUCAAGGCAAGAAUCAUCCGCGAACUGAAGGGGACGGCACUGGUUGCAGGCGAGCGUGCCAACCAAAUCGAAGAGUGGCGGCAUACAGUUCUCACGAAGCUGGCACGCUUCCGAGAACUGCAGGGGCUCUAUAUGCCUGCGGCCCCUGCUAUCAUCGAGGAGGCCGAAGCCCGACGCGACCGCUCAGCUGCAAGUCCUCGGCCAGAGCACAUCAAGCUGUGGAUGCCAAGUGAGAUGCCCUCGUUGUUGGGUCCAGCGCGGGGCUGUGUGGGCGGGUUGCUGGACAUGGAGAUGAAGCUACGGGUAGCGCAGUGCGAGAACUCACUCACACUGGUUCGGGCGCGUCUGCACGCGAAGAGGCACCUGAUCAGCUUCCGCAAUGCAAACGUGACGGGCCAGAACCAGUCCACAAAGGCACGGACACUCAUCAGCGAGGUCGGGGAGAAGGUUACAGCGAGCGCGAACCGGUAUCGAAGGGGAAGGGAGGCUCUGGUGGCGGCCGGUUGCUUGGAAAAGUUCCAGCAUCUACGAGAGCUCAAGGAUGAGCAUCUGCAGAUGAGUGGUGCAGCUAUGGAGACGGACGCAGAGAGGACGGAUGCUUCGACAGCAAUGAAGAUUGGGGCGCUAGGAGGAGGGAAAGCACCGAGGCAGGACCAAGGAUCGUCGAUGCAGGUGAUAUCAUGGAUUUGGACCGCGCCCGGAGCUUUGGACAACGAGGAGAAGGAUCUGCAUGACUCAAUACGGGUGGAAUGGAGUCGGGCGCUGGCACGUCGCGAUAGGUGGACCGAGGAGGUCCUGCUGCUGAAGGAGGAGAUGCGUCGAGUGUGUGCUUAUCUGGAAUGGCAGGCCGAUUGGUGGAAGACGAAGUCGUCGGGGCAGGUGAGCUCAUCACGUGAAGUGGAGGCAGGGGCACGGGCGUUCGCGCUGAAGCAGUCGGCGUGGCAUCUGGAGUUGCGCACCUUUUUGCAGAACAAGUGGCAAGGCAGCAUCGGGGAAGCAAACGAGCCAAAUAUGUACAGCGCAGGCGUAAUGAUCUAG